CACAGCCACUCUUGGAGAGAUCUUUGUUAAUCCCGACAUCGUAGAAGUCGACGGUUUACUAGUUCAAAGAAAAAAAACUUGGUUCUGGAGAGAGGCUGUGCAUCUUUUUCUGUCCCUUCAAAAGGCGCCAGGGAGAGCGCUCCAGAUCCAGUCAUCCGUUCCCCACCCGUUGUCCUGAAAAGUCUCAGCAUCCGCUUCUGUUCAGAACUUCCGUUGAUCUUUACAACUUUCAAAUCAAAGAAGCUCUCUAUUCCCUCGCCUAAAUAAUAAAAAGGUCCUAUCAAUCAUGAACCUGGAUUCGACACGGGCGAACUGGUCGACAUCUCCCACAUCCACUCAACAUCAAUUUCAACCUUAUAACAAUCACCAUUUUAUUUCAACAGAACCCAUGUCUCAACCACCACAGCAAUCUUUUCCUCCAGGUGCAGGUCCAAAUGACACUACUACUCCACCAGACCAGUAUCCUCCAGGUCACGCGUACAGGAGGAGUCAGUCAAAUUCUCCGUUCCGACACACCACACAUCCAUCACCGUAUCCACAACCAAACCUUCCACCAAUUCAACCUCAACCGGAGUUAAAGCAGGAGUCUUACUACACCCCAACAUCAGCAGAGUUAUACACCCACGCCCAAGUCCUCGCAUCCGGCGCGGGAGAGGGGUCGGCUUCCUCCCAUUACACUUCCCCAACCGCAAUAACUCGUCUUCCCCCUAUUUUACAAGUAGAGAAGAAGCAGGUCACAACAUCAGCAACACAGGCUGCAAGUGCAAGCAGGCGGAGGAAUGAGGCCCAUUUCGCCUGUCCAGUUCCGGGUUGCGGGAGCACAUUUACGCGUCGAUUCAAUCUCAGAGGUCAUCUUCGAUCUCACACCGAGGAACGCCCAUAUGUGUGUGAGUACCCCGAUUGCAAGAAAGGCUUUGCAAGACAACAUGACUGCAAGCGACAUCAAGCACUACACGCCACGCGCUUCACAAUCCAACAUCUCCGCCUGGAUGCCCUAAACGUAACUUCUCUAUAUCGUUAUCAACACACAUUCGCUAACGUCGAUCUCCCUCUGCUUCCUUCCAGCGACAUCUUCGUUCCGAAGGUGGUUCUGAAUGCAGACAGAUUGUAGAAGCUCAGCAGCAGGCUGCAGCACAUGCUCAAGCGAUCACACAAUCUCAGGGUCCUCCACUACCUAGCCACCCUCCCGGUAAUCAACCAGGACCCAGUUCAAGCACUUCCAGUUAAUCAACUCCAGUGGUUGACAUGCAUGGACUCCCAGAACAUUUUUAGAUAUUUCUCUUUCAUGUCUUCAUGAUUCCUCUUUACACUCAGGAUGUAAGAUUACCUGAGCUAUAGGCUCAUCAUCAUUCAUUCCCACCGAUGUACACUCUUGUAUCGAUCCCAGCUUUUUUUCUCCCUUUAGUGGGAUUACAGUUAAUAUACUUUGCUCUUAAUGUUACCCUCCAUUAUACUGCCA